GCGGGGCUUCGGGAGGUGGACAACACCUUGCACGAGGAUGGUGCCUUGCACGACGACGGGCGUCGCACGAGGACUUUGCACGAGGAUGGGGCUUUGCACGACGACGGGGCCUUGCCUGCCCGCUGUACAAGGGCAGCCAGGCCUCGGGGGGCGGGGCAGUGGUGUGCAAGCCCCGCCCCUUUGCCUCGAGUGUGCAAGCCCCGCCCACCCGCUGCCACGCGUGUGCUAUGGAGCUGCCGUCCGCCCAGCUGCCCUCAACAAACAUGGCGGCGUCGGCUUCCACCCCUAGUUGCCCUCAACAAACGUGGCCGCCGCCCCGCCCUCGCUGCCCUCAACCAACAUGGCGGCGCCGCCUCACCCUUGCCCUCCUCCAACAUGGCGGCGCCGGCUUCACCCCUUCCGCCGCGCCUCUGCGUUCUGAUUGGCCGCGCUCUUCCUUCCCUGUCUUCUGAUUGGUCGCCACGCCGGAAAGGGCGGGGAGGGAGAUCGCACAUGGCGGCGGCGGCGGCAGCGGCAGCAAACGGCGGGAGAUCCCGCACCCUUCACCGACGGCAACGGGCCGGGCCGGGCCCCGCCGCCUCCGCCAGCCAUGGCGGGGGACGGGGAGACACCGGCAGCGUGUCCGGGAGGAAGGACCCGUUCCCCGGGCCCGCCCCGCUGCCCCGGCCCAGGGUGAAGCGGUUCCUGCGGGGGACGAAGGAGAAAGCGCCCCGGGCCAAAAGCCAGCGCCUGCGGUGGCACCUGAAGCUGUCGGGGCAGCGGGAGGAAGCGGCGGCCGCCCGGGCGGCUCGGUUGGACCUGCUGCUCCCCGAGGAGCCGGGAUUCCUGGAGGCCGACCCUGGCGAGGACACCUGCACCGUCACCCAAGGGGACAUCGCUGAGGCCGUGGACAUCGCCAGCGCCGCUAAGCACUUUGACCUGAGGUUGGAACAGUUCGGGCCGUACCGGCUGGAUUACACCCGCAACGGGCGGCACCUUCUGCUGGGGGGCCGACGGGGCCACGUGGCCGCCAUGGAUUGGCAGACGAAGGCGCUGAUGUGCGAGAUCAACGUGAUGGAGACGGUGACAGAUGUGGCGUGGCUGCACACGGAGACGCUGCUGGCGGUGGCCCAGCGCCGGUGGCUCCACGUUUACGACAACCAAGGGCUGGAACUCAACUGCCUCAAGAGUUUUCCCCGGGUUUUACAGCUCCAAUUCCUGCCUUACCAUUUCCUCUUGGCCACCGCGAACGACAAAGGGUUUUUGCAAUAUCUGGAUAUUUCGGUGGGGAAGGAGGUGGCCGCGCUUUGCACCCGGGGUGGGCGUUUGGCCGUUAUGGCACAGAAUCCGGCUAAUGCCAUCAUCCACCUGGGUCACAGCAACGGGACAGUGACGUUGUGGAGUCCCACUGUGUCGGAGCCGCUGGUGCGGAUGCUUUGCCACCGCGGUGCCCUGCGGGCGCUCGCCGUCGAUCCCACUGGCACGUACAUGGCGUCGGCGGGGCUGGACCGCAAACUGCGGCUGUUCGACCUGCGGACGUACCGGGUGCUGCAGGAGCUGGUGCUGCCGCAGGGCGCCGGGCACCUCGCCUUCAGCCAACGCGGGCUGCUGGCAGCCGCCUGCGGUGACCUAGUACAGGUGUACAAGGGAGUGGGGAAGGAGGUGCCGCCCCAACCGUAUCUCUGCCAUCGCCCGCCCCGGCCACCCCACGGGCUUCGCUUCUGCCCCUUCGAGGACGUCCUCGGUGCCGGCCACGGUCACGGUUUUACCAGCAUUUUGGUGCCAGGUGCCGGUGAAGCCAAUUUUGACGCGUUGGAGAACAAUCCCUAUCGCAGCCGGCGGCAGCGGCAGGAGUGGGAGGUGAAGGCGCUGCUGGAAAAGGUCCCGGCGGAGCUGAUCACACUGGAUCCGACCCAGCUGGGACACGUGGACACGGCCAGCUUGCAGCAGAAACGGGAGGAGCGGAUCCAGCGCCUGGGUUUCGACCCCCAGGCCAAGGCCAAAUUCAAACCGCGGCGACGGGCGAAGGGCAACAACCUCCUGCACCGCAAGCGGAAGGUGGCCCACGAGGAGCAGCGGGCUGUUAUCCGUCAGAGCGUGGAGCAGCGAGAGCAGGAGAAGAAGGGGAAGAAGAAGGAGAGGAGGAAGGGGGAGUCCUCCCCCCCACCAAAACGUGGGGCCCUCGACCGCUUCAAGAAAUAAUUUGGGGGGGGGGACACACAACACCCACUAUGGGGGUCCUCAGGGUGCUGUUGUGUCCCCCCCCGGCUUGGGGGUCCCCAGUGUGUGUGUGUCCCCAACUUGGGGGUCCCUGGGGUGUCCCCCACUAUGGGGGUCCCCUACACCCCCCUGCCCUGCACACUCUGGGGGUCCCCAACGUGACCCCCCCAUUAUUAAAGUCUCUCUGCCGA